AUUCUUGAAUACAGUCCUGAGUUUAUACUUAAAAAUAAGAUUUAACUCCUACUUUUCAGACUCAUUGUUAACACGUGUUUGCAACUUAAUAUGCAAAACUAGUACUAAUAAAGGGGCACUGAAUUUCACGCGUACUGUGGUACAAUAAGUUAAAAGCAUUUACAAUGGCGGAUUCGCCAACAAGAACUCUGCAAACGCAAAGAUGGAAAGCAUGCAGGGAGCCCAGGAAAUACUCUGUGAAUGUGAAUGGAGCUCAUUUUAAUAUUGCUGACCUAGACCCACAGAUGUCGCUGAAUGAAUAUCUGCGUUCUCUCCUAAAUCUCUGUGGGACUAAAUUCAUGUGUUAUGAAGGAGGUUGUGGAGCCUGUAUUGUUGUGUUGGAAUAUGAUGACCCUGGGAAUACUGGGAAACGUGUUGUCAAAUCUGUUAAUUCUUGCUUAUUUCCUAUUGGCUCACUGUUGUCUAUGAAAAACAGCCAAGUAACAACAGUGGAAGCUCUGGGCAGUGUAAAGACAGGUUUGAACCCGAUCCAGGAGCGUUUGGCGAGUCACAAUGGGAGUCAGUGUGGAUUCUGCAGCCCUGGUUUUGUUAUGCAGAUGUAUGGACUAUUGAAAAAUAAUCAGACUCCCUCCUUGCAACAGGUAGAAGAUAACUUUGAUGGUAACAUUUGCAGGUGCACUGGAUAUCGACCAAUUCUGGAUGCAAUGAAGUCAUUUGCUGUGGAGGGAGAUUCCAGGCAGAAAGGAACGUUGACUGAUAUUGAGGAGCUAAAGAUAUGCAAGAAGACUGGGCAACCAUGUUUGAGAAUCGGCCCUGAUGAGACUGUUGGAUGUAGGAGGUCAGAGGAUGGCAACAGUGCUUUGUUUUUCAAAAAAGAUGGGACUCAGUGGUUUCAGCCCACAACUUUAACAGAACUUUUUAUGAUAAUUCAAGAACAUCAACAUGAUGGCAUCAAACUUCUAAAUGGAGACACUGCCAAAGGCAUAUACAGAGGAGAUGGGCCUUAUAGCAUUUUGAUUGAUAUGAAAGGAAUCCGAGAACUUUAUUCUGUUAAUAUGGAUGCUGGUGGCCUAAAGGUAUAUUCCAAUGUCAGUCUCACUUCCCUGAUUGAUUACCUGAAUGAGUACUCCAGCAAGUCACAGUCUUACAGUAUUAUAGCAGACCAUCUGAGUAAGGUUGCCAGUGAUCCUGUCAGAAAUUCACUGAGUUAUGUUGGAAUUUUAGUCCAGUUAUGGAAACACAGAACCUAUCCCUCCAGCAUGUUUGUUCAUUCAGAGGCCCAGGGAGAAAAGCUCCACAUCAUGCAUAUUGUUGAGGUAAUGCCUUAUGUUCUGCUUAGAAUUCUGCAUGUAGACAUGUUUGGUGAAGUUAUUUUGAAUGUCUACAUACCGGUACUUUCAGAUGGUGAAAGCAUGAGGACUUUCAAAGUCAUGCCUCGAGCCCAGAAUGCUCAUGCUUAUAUUAGUGCUGGAUUUAGAGCGAAGAUAAAAUCCAAAGAUGGAAACCAAAUGGUUGAGUCCAUUUCAAUGGUGUAUACUGGAAUUAGCCAAGACUUUGUUCAUGCAGUUAAAACUGAGAAUUAUCUUCAAGGAAAAGACAUAACAUCUGAAGCAACACUGCAAGGUGCACUGGCAACACUUGACAAAGAGAUUAUUCCAGAUGAAAAAAAUCCCCUCCUUACUAGUGCUCAGUACAGGAAGAAUGUCGCUCUUGGACUCUUUUACAAAUUCUACCUGUCCCUGCUAAGUGACCAGAUUGUCUCUCCUCGUAACCGAAGUGCUCGCUCAGUCCUGCAUCGACCCAUAUCAAGUGGGAAGCAAGUGUUUAGCACAAGACCAGAAGAAUACCCUUUGACACAACCUAUGCCCACAAUUGCUGCAAAGCUUCAGACCUCGGGUGAAGCAGCAUACGUCAAUGAUUCUCUUCCUCUUCCAAAUGAAUUAUAUGCGAAUUUUGUUUUGAGCACAGAAGGCAAUGCCACCAUCGACAAUAUUGAUAUUAAUUCUGCAAUGGAGGUCCCUGGAGCGGUGACAGUUCUGACAGCAAAGGAUGUUCCUGGUUCUAAUACUUUCAUGCCUCUCCCAAAUGAAAUUGAGGAAGUUUUCUGCAGUGGAAAUGUGCUGUACAAUGGACAAACAAUUGCUCUCUGUGUUGCAGAUUCUUCAGACACUGCUAGACAGAUGACCAGCAGAGUAAAAGUCAUGUAUAAAGAUGUUAAGCCUCCAAUUAUAACUGUUGAUGAUGCCAUAGCAAAGCAGUCUUUUUUUCCUCCAACACAAGAUGACUUGAUAGUUGGUGAUCCGGAAGGUGCUAUAUCAAAAUCUCCAUUCAAGGUUGAAGGUGAAAUCCGUGUAGGGGAGCAGUACCAUUUCCAUAUGGAAACUCAGAUCUGUCGGUGUGUACCUACUGAGGAUGGUCUGGAUGUACAGGCGUCUAGCCAGUGGCUAGAUCUGUUGCAGCAGGCUGUUGCAGGAGCAAUUGGAACAGAUGCCAAAAACAUAAACAUUGUGACAAGGAGACUGGGUGGAGCGUAUGGCGGAAAGGCGACUCGUGCGAAUCUUGUGGCUUGUGCUGCAGCUGUGGCAGCCACAAAACUGAAAAGACCUGUGCGUUGUUCAAUGUCUCUUGGAACUAACAUGAAAAGCAUAGGAAGACGGCAUAAUUAUCUUACAAAAUACAAGGUUGGUUUUAAUAAAGAUGGAACCUUAAAUGGUAUUAUCUUCACCUACUACUGUAACAAUGGAUGCAGUCCAAAUGAUGAUGAAGUUGGAGUUUCUUUGAUUUUCUCUGAUAAUACAUACAAGUGUAGUAACUGGCACAUCAAGCCUAUUGCUUUGAAAACAAAUAUACCAGCAACUACAUGGUGCCGAGCUCCAGGAUCAUUACAAAACAUUUUUUUUAUUGAAACUGUUAUGGAACACAUUGCUUCGUACCUGUCCCUGGACCCAAUUGAUGUUAAACAAAGAAACCUCUAUGCUAAAGGUGACAUCACACCUUUAGGAUAUCCAUUGCCCUACUGUAGCAUUCAGGAUCUUUAUGCAGCUUUACUCCAGAAAGCGCAAGUGAAGACACGGCAAGAUGCUAUUCAGGAUUUCAACAGCAAGAAUCGGUGGAAAAAAAGGGGCUUGGCAGUUUGUCCACUGAAGUAUGCCAUGGGCUGGGUUGGCGGUUGCUUUCUGUGUACUGUUACAAUCCUUGCUUCAGAUGGCACUGUCGUUGUGUCGCAUGGAGGGAUUGAAUGUGGGCAAGGUCUUAAUACAAAGGUCGCACAAGUUUGUGCCUUUGUCCUUGGAGUGCCCAUAAAUAACAUCUCUAUCAAGCCAACAAACAACUGGUGCAGUCCAAACUCUGGUCCUACUGGAGGCAGUGUUGGUAGUGAGUUGAACUGUCUGGGAGUACAGAAAAGUUGUGAAAUUCUGAAUGAGCGCAUAAAGCCAAUAAAAGACAAGCUGCCACCAGGCACACCAUGGAACGAAAUCAUUAUGAAAUGCUUCAGUGCUGGUGUGAACCUGACUGCUCAGUACUGGGUCUGGCCUGAACCACAGCCUGAUUACGCCCCUCAGUAUAACUCCUAUGGUGUCACAGUAGCAGAAGCAGAACUGGAUGUUCUUACUGGAGAACAUCAGCUAAGCCAGGUGGACAUACUUUUUGACUGUGGAGAAAGUCUGAACCCUGCUAUUGAUGUAGGACAAGUAGAAGGCUGUUUUGUUAUGGGACUGGGCUACUGGUUCACAGAAAAGGUGAUCUAUGAUCUUAAUACUGGAGCAUUGCUGACCAAUAAUACCUGGGAAUACAAACCACCUUCCAGCAAGGACAUUCCAAUAAUUUUCAAUAUUGAACUACUUAAGGAUGCUCCAAACCCAACAGGUGUGCUCCGAUCUAAGGCUAGUGGAGAACCCCCGUUGUGCAUGUCCAGUGCUGCUCUCUUCGCUGUGAAACGUGCAGUUGAGUCUGCCCGUGCAGAGACUGGGCAAAAAGACUACUUUUCAUUAAAUGGUCCUUCUGGAAUUGAUACUAUCCAAACAAGCUGUCUGGUUGACUACAAGCAAUUCUCCCUCUAAGGAUACCAUUAAACAUGCUCUGUCAAGCAGUAUCUAAAACAAAAAGACAUGAGAUUCCUUUCAAUCAUGGACCCUAAAUAUGAAAGAAAACAAAGAAAAAUCAUUAUAUAGAGAUGAUUGUACACUUGAUCUCUAGAGUAAAAAUUAGUAAUUUUAUCUGAAAAAUAAACAGAAGUCUUGUGCUGCUGAAAUAUAUUGAAGAAUCUAGCCUUGUGUAAAGUCAUAAUAAGUGGAUACAGUUUCAUUUAUGCAUGAGCCAUCGAUCUUUUAGAAUUGAUUUUGUGCAUAGUGUAUCACUCAGCAAGCAUAGAGGAAUCAGUUUUAUUUUACAGAGGAUUUAUGUGGUAGAGUUUAGCCAGAUACGCUGUAACUUACUUAAGUCUCAUUAUUAAAACAGUGACCAAAAAUCUUAAACCUGAAAGUCUGAACACUUUGACAUGUUUUUCAAACAAUAAAUUGAGAGCAAGAUAAAAUGGUUUUCUUAAUGCAUAAUGUUCUUUCAGGUCAGUGUAAAUAUAUACUUUUGAAAAGAAUCAGCAAGGCUUGAUACUGAUGAAAGUGUACCAUGUGUACACAUUUAUUAUAUUCUGUCAUGCACCUCCCAUGUUGUAUGUUGCUUUUUUCUAACCUCUGUUA